CCAUCUUCUGCCGCUCCCCUUCCUCAGGCUAAGCUAAAAAAAAUCCCAGCUUCACCGACCCAGACGACGGUGAGACAAGCACGUCGUCGAAUAGGUUCCUGAAGGGGGCCGUGGUCUACCUGGAGAGAGAGAGAGAGAAAUUAGUGUGAAAUAAGAGAAAGGAGGAGAAUCAAGAAAAAAUAAAGGUAUUCCCUCCGCCCAUUUUACUCGCAGUCACAGUGAGAGAGGCUUCUUCUUCUUUCAAAUCUGAUGGCACCUCCGUCAAUGUCCACUCUCCCGCCUGAUUUUAUCGCGGAAAUACUUACCGAGUUACCCGUCAAGAGUCUCGUACGCUUUAUGUGCGUUUCGAAGUCAUUCAACGCCCUGAUUAACGAUCCAUAUUUCAUAAAGAAGCAUCUCAAGCGCUCCAUCGAGACCAACAGGGAACGCACGCUCAUUGUCGAGGACUGCAAGCGCCUUCACAAUGCGGAUCCCUUGUUUCUGAAAUUUGAGGACAAGAAACGUCGCCCACCGGACUACUACUCGGUACGCUUUCACGAAGAUGGUCGGUUCGAUAGAGCUGUGCAAAUCUUCCAGCCACUGCGCCAUGAAAGAGCAAAAGGCUCAGUUGUGUACUCUUGCAACGGUCUGGUUUGCCUCUACAACUUGGAGAGUGAGAUUACGAUUUGGAAUCCGUUAAUAAGAAAGUAUAAGAAUUUACCUUUUGAGCCUAUCGAUGUCCCUUCAGGUUUCGAGAAAGAUGGCUCUUAUUCUGUCAGGAACUCUCCGGCUACGUGGUCACAGUUAGCAUUUGGGCACGAUCCGGUUAGCGACGACUACAAGGUGGUGAAGGUCUCGGAAUUGUGUAAGGGGCGUCUGCGGUCAUUUGAAGUCAAGGUAUAUAGUCUGAGAGCGAAUUCUUGGAGGAGGGUCAAAGAUAAAUGGCCAAUAAAGAGUUCAGUGAUUGGUUCCAAGCCUGCUUUCUUGAACGGUGCUCUGCAUUGGUUGGCUAAAAUGCGCAGGUCUCUGGAGAUGCUCGUUGCUUUGGAUCUUGCUACCGAAAAAUUCCAGAAGUAUAGGACCCCGUUUAAGUAUGUUUUUGGUGUUUCAGAGCCCGAUUUGGUGGUCUUGGGGGGAUAUCUAUGUGUUUUUAUGACUGAAUCUCUGAAGCCUCACAAUAUCACUGUUUGGGUGAUGAGGAAGUAUGGGGUGGAGAGCUCCUGGACUCUGCUCUAUACUAUUGUGUGUGGCCCGUGUGGGGCAGUGCCUCGGCCGUUUCGCUACUGUAAGCCUUUAGCUUUUGCGAAGAAUGGUAAGAAGAUUCUGAUGCAGCAGGACUUUGACAAGCUCUUUUGGUAUGACAUAAAAGAGGACACAUGCAGCAAGUUUGAGAUUGUGGGUAUGCCGGAUAUGUUUCGGACGGCGACUUGUGUGGGAAGCCUUGUUCUGCUCGAUGGUGAUAGUGUGAUUGAUGUCGACAUAGAAGACGGGGAGCCAGAGGACGAGUUAACUGGAACUCGCAGGUUGCAUCUGAAGCUUUGGGAUGUCUAAGCACAGGUGAUGUGAUAAUGGUUGAUUACAUAUGAAAUCUUGGAAAACUACCAAAUAUGAAAGAAGAAAAGAGGACAAAACUAGGAGAUUUGAGUUACAUCAGGCUACAGAUAAUUAAGUUCUGAUUAAUCCAAUAAUAGAGUAUGCUUCUUGAUUGACAUUA